CCCUCCCAUUGACAUCCUCACAGACCUGCCCAUGGUCCCUCCGAGGAAGCUCCGCCAUCUAGACCUCACCCGGUGCAGCAGCUUGACGAGUCAAGGUAUCAAAGCGCUCGGUCACUUGGUGCCCAACCUCGAAGGUCUGCUGCUUCCCGGCUGCCACAAUCUCACAGAUGAGGCUCUGGAGCCAAUCCUGGCCACGGCCCCUCGGCUCACGCACCUGGAUCUGGAAGUAUGCAGAGGACUGACGAACCGAAUUCUCUCCGAGCACCUGGCCAAGGCGCCCUGCGCUCCUCAUCUUGAGAAUCUCUACCUCAGCUCCUGCGAGAAUCUUGGCGACGCAGGCAUGCUACCUGUGAUUCGCAACUGCAAGUCUCUGCGUUCUGUCACGCUUGACAACACUCGCAUCUCCGAUCUUGUCCUCGCUGAGGCUGCUGCCAUGGUCCGGCGCCGUUCGCAACGCACAGACAAUCGUUCACAGAGACCACAGAUUGGCCUGCACAUGGUUGUCUACGACUGUCAGCACGUCACUUGGACCGGAGUCAGGGAGGUCUUGUCUCGCAAUGCCGAAAUUAAGAACCCCCUCAACGGUCGUGGCGAGCGUCACCAGACUUUCCCCACCGAGAUUAUCGCGCUGAGGUGCUUCUACGGUUGGACCAUGACGGUCGACGAGCACACCAAGCGCGUGCUGAAGGGUGACCUGGCUGCUGCCAACCGCCUGGAGCGCAAGUGGGCUGAUUACAUGCAGGCGAACGAGGAGGCUGGGGCGAUUGGAGCUGGCGGUCGGAGACGUCGUAGGAGGGCGAGGGAGGCGCAGAUGGCACAUGCAGAUGAGCAGGGCGGUGCGGGCGCCGGCGGUGUGGGCGGUGGCAGGCGGAGGGCGAGAACAGCGGCUUGCAUCGUCAUGUGAGCUUGCCAACAUUAGACACCCAACGCCACACAAUGGGAGGACAGCCACUUCCGUCAAACAUCGCAGAUCGAUUGGAUCAAGUGAAUAUGGGCACUUCUGUGCUUGGAGCGUGAGUAUUACAACAGGCAAGCGGGGAUUGGACGGCUCAUGGAUAUUACGAGACCGACACAUAUGAUUUUCUUUCUUCUUCUUACGUUUUAGUCUGGCGCAUCACGGAACAUGGCAGGACAGGGUGGGCUGGUAGCUUUGGGACGUUUCAUCCUCCAAACCUUUUCUUCUCUCCUCGUGUACUAUUCAUCGGCUCCUGUACUAUUGUUCAUCAGAUUUUGACAUCGCCUGGAUUUCUCUGUCCCCCUACUCUAGAUUACCUUUCUCUCUCUCUCUCUCUCUCAAUCUUGCAAAUUGUAGCAUCAACCUUAGUUGUAGACAUGGCAUGAAAAUACGGACAAAGAAUUUCGUUUACAACG